AGAGUUGACCGUGGUCGCUGGCAGCUUCGUGGGUUUCCAGCUUCUCUUCUCAGUGGUCAGCCCUCGGCUCUCCUCCGUCCUCACACCGGGUUAUGGACGGCUGCCUACCACCAAGCUCACCGAGUGGAACUCCAGGUGUGUCACAGAAAACCACAACUUUUUUUAUUAUGCAUCUAACGUGUGAAAGCUCUCGCAGUUGCAUCUUGGAACCAUGUGGAAACUAAAGCUUUUUAUUUUCUAUUUGUUUCAUUUGCUUUUGUUAAAUGCUGUAUUAACAGUUUGCCAGUUCAGAACCUGAUAACAAACCUUUCACCACAGCGCUCUAAGAAAGGAUGUCAUGUUUUUAUGCAUGAUUUAUUUUUUGCAUCACAGUAAAGAUAGGGUCCCUCACCACCUUUUUUCUUUUUUAGAUAUAGUUUGUCAUUUUGAGAACACUUAACUGUGAAUAUUGGCUUCACUUUCACAUACAAUCAUGGAAACUAAGGAAUCGUUUGACAUUUUUAGAAAUACGUGCAUUUGCCGAGAGUUAGAUGAGAAGAUUGAUAUGUUUAUUCAUUAUGAAGCUACAGCCAUCAGCUGGUUAGAUUAGUUUACCAUAAAGACUGGAGACAGGGGGAACAGCUAGCCUGGCUCUGUCUAAAGAUAUCAAAAUCCACCUUUCAGCUCCUCUGAAGCUCACUUUGUGACAGAGGUAGGGUAGCUGUUUCCCCCCCUGUUUCCAGUCUUAGUACUACGCUAAGCUAACUGGCUAUGAGCUCCAGCUUCAUAUUUAGUAUACAGACACAAGAGCAGCAUUAAUUGUAACAUUUAACGAGGAAGCAAAUGCGCUUAUUUCCCAAAGUGUAAAACAAAAGUAUUAUCUCUCUGGAUCUAUGGUUUGUUGUGAUGUACAAAAAAACAUUAACAGCAAUUUAAUUAUAUUCCACUGAAACAUUGUUUUAACUCUCAAUGGGUGCAAGGGUGCCUCCCAUCUCACAAACAUUUUGGAUAUAGUUUUUACCAGUUGUGACAGUAAUGUUGAAUAUGAAGAUGCUCUGUGCACAUUACAGUUCAUUUAGCUGACGCUUUUGUUCAAAGCGACUUACAAAAAGUGCAAACAAUCAUGAGGAUAUAUCUCGAAACAACAGGAAUCUUGCAAGUACAUUAACUUCAAGUAGGUGAAAUCCUUUAAAUGCAGAACAAUGGCUUCAAAUAAGACAAACCAAUGUAAGUGCAACACACAAAGAACAGGAUCUUUAUUUAUUUUAUUUUCUCCUGCACUCUUGGUCUCCAGGUGUUGAUGCUAUUAAGAUAUCGCUCUUACGAUCUCUGAAAAUAUAGGAAGUCCUUGAAUAGAAUGUUGUCGUCUUAGAUAUUAGAGGGGGCAGACUUGAGUGAAAUUACACUCACUAGCAUGUUGUUGUUGCACUUGACUUUUUAACGCACACACACACUUACAUUUUUGACACGCCUCCCUAGAAUAGUUUUGUUAUAUAACCUUGCAAUGUCAUGGCAUCCUGACGGAACUGACCUGUGUUGCCCUGUGUGCAGCUCUGUUAAAGUGGCCCCUAAUGUGCCUCUGGCCAACUCAUCAUCAUUCCACACAACUACAGCUGUGCUGUGAAUGGCUGGUGGAGCACAGGGACGUUUUUAAGUUUCAAGCAGAAACCUCAGGGGCAAUAAUUUGUAGUUGCAUAACAUCUUUCACAGACUCUUGAGUUGUGGGCUGUUUUCUCCCUCCUUUCUUUUUGUCCGUCUCUUCUGCUGUCUCUGAUGAGCAUUCAUUCAUACAACUAUAGUUUACUUUAGCCUUUCUGUCCUCAUUUGAACGUACAGGGUGUAUUACCAAAUGAAUAGUUCAAAACAAGUCAAAGGGCAGGCACUGAUGUUUCACUUCAGAGUGGCCUACUGUUGCAUAACAGCCAGCUCUCAGUGUGUUAGUGCGAUGUUUAUGUAACCACGACUUAAGUGCAAGGAGAGGAGGGAGAAAGUAUUUCCAAAGAAGUGCAGGGUCGACUUGUUAAAAUUGUUGAUUUCUUUGUUUCCUUUUUAUCUUAUGUCUGCUCUCUUCGUUUUAAUUGUGCAAUGUUUUGGUUUUUACAAAUGUAUAAUUAGAAACCUCUCAAUGUGAACACGAGCACCAGAGUGUGUCUGCGUGACUCGUAACAUAACCUACACAGACGGCUAUAUUGACACUUGGUUGUUCCAACUUCCUUUAGCCAAGUUCCUCCAAAGCUUUUCCAUUUUUAGACACUUCACUCUGAAUCAGCAGUAAUAAUGGACACGUCCAGUCAUACAGUAGCCGAUCUGUAGAGCCAGUCUUGGCCUGGGGGCUCAGGACAGCAGCUGCGGCCCGCAGGGCAGGGUUUGCUGAGGGUGUAUGGUGACUGUGGAGGAGCUGUGAUUCUGGCAGAGGAGAGAUAAGGGUUGGUGUCGACUGUGCACGCUCUGGUUGUGGGGUUGUUCUGUCUGUACAUCCUGUGGUUCGAUGAUGCAGUCAACGCCAAUCCCUGUCUGGGGUGACCCCAGUCUCGUCAAACUAAAUGUAGCCAUAACCUGUGGUUACCUCCUGUAUGACCUUGUGCUGCUCGCAUCUAACUGGAGCACUAUGGGGGACGGCUUUUUUGUCUGUCACCACUUGGCGGCGCUGUAUGCAUAUGGAUAUGUGCUGACACGAGGCGUGCUUCCCUAUUUUGCCAACUUCCGGCUCAUUUCAGAAUUGUCCACACCGUUUGUGAACCAAAGGUGGUUCUUUGAGGCGUUAAAGUACCCCCGCUCACACCGGCUGGUGGUGAUAAACGGCGUUGCCAUGGCGGUGGUGUUCUUCCUGGUGCGCACCGCCGUCAUGCCAUCUUACUGGUCCAGUGUAUUCAUCACCUUCGGCACUGAGGAAUUUGAGCGGCUGGGCCUGGCCGCCCAGGUGGCCUGGAUCACCUCCUGCAUCGCCCUGGAUAUCUUGAACACUAUCUGGAUGUAUAAGAUCGCCCGCGGCUGCUACAAGGUGCUGACCGGGAGAGGAGGACGCAAGGUCAAGGAAGGAGUGGAGAAGGAGGCUUCCUCGGACGGGAAGCACAUCAACAACCACAAGGACUGAAGAGACGUAGAGCAGAAGGAUAUGUAGACACAGACGUGAGCAGGGAGGGAGGCCGGACAUCCAGGAACCUCACAGCCUCUCUCUGUUGCUAUAGCCUCAGCGUCCCUCUCACCCCCACCCUCCAAUGAUCUCCUUGCAGUUGGCUAGUGGAACAGGCUGGCGGUCCUCAGGUCCUGACCCUGACACGAGACGAAGAGACUGCUCUUUGACUCCCUCGAGCACCAGCCCUCGCAGCCUCAGGGUUAGCCUGCUUCCGGUCGCAGACGAGGCAGAACUCACAAGCACACUUUUAACUGACUGUCCCUCGUCCCUCUUUCGUACCCUAACCACCAUUCAACAUCUCCCCCCUCAGUCUCCUCACAUGCUCAACUUGAGCCAAAGCCAGUCCUCUGAAGUACCUGCGAAAGACAGGAAAGCAUUUAAUUUGCACGAGGAAUAAAAUCACAAAGCCCGACAGAGCUCAGCCCCUUCAGAAGACGACCAUCUCUCGCUCUGCUACUGCUCCUGAGCGACUCGGAGGCUUCCUUCGUGUCGUUCAUGCUCCGUCCACACUCGAGGAGACGUGGCCGCCUGAGCGACGUACUCUCACAUCAGACCCAUACAGUGUUUGUGAAUCUAUAGGGCUCUUGUCUUAAACUCAUCAGACCUCACAAAAAGAGACAGAAAAACACCAUAAUGCCUCUUCUACAGUAUCACCUGCUGUGGCCUCCUUGUAAGAAAGUGGCAUCUGCCUAUCUCACCAGCCAUGCCCCUCUGACCCCCUUUACAAUUUGGAUUAUAUAUUAAUAAAAAACUUAAGAAUAUGCAUGCAGGAGAGGGAAAGACACGCUCUCCAACAUCCUUUAGCUUCUCAUAGGAGGAUUUUGCCUUUUCAGUAUUCAUCGUGUGGGCAUCACUGAGCUGUAGUUUCUUUUUCUGUGUACCCUCUGAUUUUACACCCUGAAGUCGGGCACGUGUCUGAGUCAUAUUACAUCCAUUGCAACCCUCUGCCUCACUGGAUAGGGAGCCGCUAUCCAGCUUGAACGUUUGGUUUUGUUCUACCUCUCCCCCUGCCUUACAAUGACCUCGUCAACCCCGUCAUCAUUAGUACAGUACCAGUCAAAGGUUUGGACACGCAUUCUUAUCCUUUUUGUUGUUCUUUCUGCUGUAAAGAGUGAUUUUAGCCUUUAAAAUGUUAUCUGUUGUAAUAUAACUGAUUCAGAGGGACUUCUUCUUCUCUCCUCCAGAGUUUAUCCCAGCCAAUGCAGUAAAACAGAGCGCCAUCACUUUUCUCACCCGACUAUGUCGUGUACUUUCUAGAGAAACACCCCCGGAAGUUUUUAUACAUACUCUUAUCUCCUUUUGUUCUCGGUGAAUCUGAAAACCUAAUUUAGGAAGAGAGUGGGAAAAGUCCACGCGCAUGAACACGCUGAUGUUGCGUGUGGACUUUUUCCACUCCCUUCCUCAAGUUCGCAUAGCGUGCAAACUAUACACUGUAAUUGAUGCCCUUCUAAAACACUGGCACGGUGCUCUCUUUCUUGCAGAAUGUCAGCAGUAGGAAUGCUAGCAAUUAUUUUUGUUUUUUUUAUUCUAAUAUCUUAAUUACUUUGGAUGUACCAAUAUGUCGCUGUCGAAAGCAAUGUGGCAAUCCUGCAUGUUUUUGUUUUUUUUCUUUAUAAACGAAAUCACUACAGCGCAUGGUAAGAUUGACAUAUUUCUGUGAUGCCUUCAUGAAUAGUCAUGAUAGAUGAAUAACAUCUAAAUAUGAAUUGCAUUAAUCUAAUGCUUACAAGAGGUUUGUCUUCCAAAACAGUUGAUGUUUUUGCCUCUUGGAGCCGACUGAACGCAUGUAUUUGUUAUUUCCUUUCUCCUCCCUGCAUGUCUGUACAGUAUAUACACAUACAGUAGCUCUGCAUGCUGUAUGGUUAACUCGCUAAUCAUUACCACAUUCACUGUAUGCUGCUCGGCAUUACUGUUUUUUACAAAUUCAUGAAGUCUUGUCGUUGUACAGUCUGCUGUCAUCGGACACUAAUGACUACAUAGCUGAUAUCAUGACAGACAGAGAAACAAGAGGAUGUUUGAAAUGUAGCUUUUGUCUCUCUACGAGAAACGUACAAAGGAAAAGCAUAUUUCCUUUUUGCUUAAAAGGGUGCUCCACCGAUUUUAGCAUUACACACUAAUCCCACCACGGGGGAAUCUCAAUGAACAAGUAUCACAUUUGAUACAGCAGAACCAGAUAUCCAUCCAAAUGUACUGCAUCAUUCAACUAAAGCAAAUGAAUGAAACAAAAGAAAGCUGUUAAUUAAUACAUCUUUCCAUCCACUCCUGUUUAGGAGUUGUUGCAACCAAAGAAGGUGCAUCAAACUGACAUAAUUAAAAGAGCGCAUUGUUCAAACCUCCAAACAAUCGAAACAUGACAUUUGUGUUUGUUUCAUGUGUUAACGUGAGGAAGGUCACUCUCUUCAUCGCUCAACGCACAUCUGAUGGUUUCUUUGCCACUAUCUUUAAAUUCUUCAGUGAAGCGGAAACGCCAGUGGACUUUUAAUUCACGUUUUCCAAUGUACGGCACUUUCUUUUAAAUUUUUACCACCGAAGCCAAGCGUAAAAAACGUUUUCGUAAUAUUUUGAGGUUUUUCUUUUUUUUUUCAUGCACAACUUUAAAAUUAACAUUAAAACAGGUGGAUAAAAAAACACUUGUCUUUUUAUUCCACGCAUUCUUUUUCCUUGUCAAAACCUGGUGCCUACAUCACCCACAAUGCAACACAACGACUGAGGGUUCAGUUAAGAGAUUCAGGUCUGCUCAUAGCGGCUAAUUUAGUGGGCUGUAGCCUCUUGUUCUUUAUUCUGGUGUCGUACUUCCAGACGUGUAAACAGACUGGAGUGUAGAAUUGGUGGAGUUCCUUCUUAGGUCUUUGCAUCUCAGUUGGACAGAUAAUUGGAAUAGUCUGAGAAUGUGGCGGUGCUGUCACUGUGGAACUAUAAAGCACACUCCCUGUGGAGCAAUGACUCGGCGACCUCCUGUCUUUCUGUCUGUCACCACAGAGGAGGGGCUACAGUAUCUUGUGCCUUUACACACACGGUGGAUGUGAUGCAGCCAGGUUUGGAUUAGCAUGACUUUCUAAUGUAAUGCCCUGUGAUUAUCUCCCUCUGUAUUCCACAUGUAUACUCUUUGUAUAUAUUUUUAUAAUCUGCCUGCACAAUGAUUAAUCCGGCCAAGUAUUAUAAUCCAAAACUGAUCCCUCUCGGGGAGUUUUGUGUUGAUUUUCGUGCUCUCCUGAAUACAGGGGUAUGUCUCUAUGAAUGUUGUGAUAGUUAUUUAGUGGCAUUAAGAUGAGCUCACUGUCCCAGGUGAUCAGAAUGGAAACUAUAUUUUUUUGACAGAAGCUCUUUAAGAUUAUACAGGUAGUUGACGGGAAGGCUAACAUCUCAUUUCUCCGGCCUCCUAAACUCAAAGCUGUGAAUAGUUGCGAAAGAAAACUGUAAUAUUGAAACUAUGAUAAUUAGACUACACUGUGGGAGAUUCCCUAAAAGCUGGCUGAGCCGUGAUGCUGGUACACUUCUUCUUCUUCUUCUUCUUCUUCUUCUUCUUCUUGUAGCAGCAUCUCGUGCUUUUGGUUGCUUUGAGUUUAGACUGCUCUGACGCAGGGCUCGUGCACAAAGUAAAAACUACAUACAUGAGAAGUGCAGUGGCUGUCUAUGUACUGGAGAGUUUUUGUAUUUGUCAGGGUUUUCUACAGAAUAUAUUUCAAGACCUGAUGUUUGUGCUGUAUGUCACACCCUGGGGAUGUUUGAGAAAUGAACAGAAUGAGUUAAUGAUUGAUGAAUUUGAUGAGGCUGCUAUUGUAAGGCCAUGAUCUGUGUUGUAUCAGGUUAGAACAACCACAUUGCCUUUGUUUCUUUGGGGAGGCCAACAUUCAUUAUAUAAUGUAAUGAAUAUAUUUAAAGAUGUAUAUUAUAAAGGUAUAUACAAAUCUGUAUAUAUCUGUGAUCAAGUAUUGAAACCAGAUGCACACUGUACUAAUUAAACCUGUUUUGGUCAUAUUUUUGUGUUUUCAAUUGGAUGGCAAAAUGGCUUUUCUUUUUUAGGUACAUUAAAACAGAGCUGCAUCAGAAUCUGGUACUUUAAACUGUAACACUCUGCCGGUCUUCUCAACGUCACACAUGGUACUUAGGCAACUAUUAUUUUUGAUGUUAAGUUUGAUCCUAUAUGUACAAUGAAAUAUGAUGGAUUGAAUUUCAGUGUCAUGAGGAUGACGACAUUUGUAUAAUGAGUAAGAAUGACUGGACAAAAUGAAGACAAACUGAUAACACUUUUUUUUUUCCUUUUCAAAGACUUGCCAGUGUGGCUCGUGUUGUUUCCCCUCUUUGUCUGUUUUUAGUGCGUCUUUUAAUGCAAUGCAAUUUCUUGUUUUGAUCCGUCUUUGUUUUCUGGAGAUUUUAAUGUGAAACAGCCUACACUACACUACACACAGGCCUGCGGGUCGUCUGAGCAUCACUCUGUGACUCGGACUGUCAUCGUCAACAAUGACCACCACUAAUGAUCAUGUAAUUGUAGUGCUGAAAGCUGAGAUUUACUUGAAAGUGUUGCUCUUCAAUAAAGUUGAAGACCAAGAGAAAA